AUGGCGGCAUACCCGUGCGACGGUCCCGGCGUAGGUGCCGCCCACGACGAAGGCCACGCCUACGCAGCCAGGGUUCCGCUGCCGCAGCGCCGGCGCCGGCUCAUCCCCUCCUCCCCUCUGUCCCGCGGGACAGAAGCCCAGCCACCAGAUGUGGUGCAGGAGAAUGACCUACUUUGCGUCGGACAUCACUUAGCAGUCAGAAACAUUGUUGCUCUUCAAUCUUAUCCUGUGAAAGACCUGUGGUUUAAGAGUGAGUCUAAACGAUUUGAUGUGUGCCUCUUCCUUUCUUCAUGCUCCAGUUCAAACAACUAUGCUCCUGUUGCUACGUCGAUCUGGAUCCAAAUUUUGGAUUCUCAAUUAUUCAUACUUACUAUGUCGUUUGCUUAUAUAUAA